UUUUUCCCUCUCUUUCUUUCCUUCCUCCUGGUUCCACUAGGAUCAAGGAAACCCGCAAAAUAAGAAAGGAAGCGGGCUUCGGAGCUUGGAACCGAGCAGGUUCGGCGGGUCCCGAGCAGCAAGAGGACUGGAGGCAGCCCGCAUCCAUUGCCCGCCUGGUGCGCGGCACCUUCUUACUUUUCUUGGUGCACCGAUCUUGGCCGCAUUUGGGGUUAAUUUGGGUUUUUCCCAUUUUCUCGUACUUGCUGAAUCUCCAAAACCCGGCUUUUUUCUUUUUCUUUUCCCCCCUCUUUCCGGAGCACGAAUCCAAACAUUUUCCAAACCAACAAAGAAAAGUUCGCACGCUGGCACCGCGGCCGGGACAGGCUGGCGCUGCUGCCGGGUCCCCCUCCCUCCGACACUUGACUCAACCUUGCAAGCAAGCAAGUGUAUGUGUGUUCCCAUUUCCCGCCCCGGUAACUUCCAGAGCGAAUAACAAAUUCCCAUAAAGUCCCCGUCGCGCAGCCCCUCCCCGCGGGCAGCGCACUAUGCUGCUCGGGUGGGCGUCCCUGCUGCUGUGCGCGCUCCGCCUGCCCCUGGUCGCGGCCGGCCCCGCCGCGGCACCUGCCCAGGAUAAAGCCGGGCAGCCUCGGGCUGCAGCAGCGGCCGCCCAGCCCCGCCGGCAGCAGGGGGAGGAGGUGCAGGAGCGGACCGAGCCUCCGGGCCACCCGCACCCCCUGGCGCCGCAGCGCAGGAGCAGCGGGCUUGUGCAGAACAUCGACCAGCUCUACUCGGGAGGCGGCAAGGUGGGCUACCUCGUCUACGCGGGCGGCCGGAGGUUCCUCCUGGACCUGGAGCGGGAUGGUUCGGUGGGCGCCGCUGGCUUUAUGCCCGCAGGAGGCGGGCCGAGCGCCACCCGGCGCCACCCGGGCCACUGCUUCUACCGGGGCACCGUGGACGGCAGCCCCCGCUCCCUGGCUGUCUUUGACCUCUGCGGUGGUCUCGACGGCUUCUUCGCGGUCAAGCACGCGCGCUACACUCUGAAGCCGCUGCUGCGUGGGCCCUGGGCGCAGGCCGAGGACGGGCGCGUGUACGGGGAUGAGUCUGCGCGGAUACUACACGUCUACACCCGCGAGGGCUUCAGCUUUGAGGCCCUGCCGCCGCGCACCAGCUGCGAGACCCCUGCGUCCCCUCCAGGGCCGCGGGAGCGCCCCUCAGCGCACAGCAGCCCCGAUCGAGGCAGGGCGCUGGCCCCGCAGCUCCCGGACCAGUCAGCUCCCUCGUCGGAUGGGAGUCCGGGACCACAGACGUGGUGGCGGCGGCGGCGGCGCUCCAUCUCCCGGGCCCGCCAGGUGGAGCUGCUCCUGGUGGCUGACGCGUCCAUGGCGCGGUUGUAUGGCCGGGGCCUGCAGCAUUACCUGCUGACCCUGGCCUCCAUCGCCAACCGGCUGUACAGCCACGCCAGCAUCGAGAACCACAUCCGCCUGGCCGUGGUGAAGGUGGUGGUGCUGGGCGACAAGGACAAGAGCCUGGAGGUGAGCAAGAACGCGGCCACCACGCUCAAGAACUUCUGUAAGUGGCAGCACCAGCACAACCAGCUGGGAGAUGACCAUGAGGAGCACUACGACGCAGCCAUCCUGUUUACGCGAGAGGAUUUAUGUGGGCAUCAUUCAUGUGACACCCUGGGAAUGGCAGACGUCGGGACCAUAUGUUCUCCCGAGCGCAGCUGUGCUGUGAUUGAAGAUGAUGGUCUCCACGCAGCUUUCACCGUGGCUCACGAAAUUGGACAUCUCCUUGGCCUCUCCCAUGAUGAUUCCAAAUUCUGUGAAGAGAACUUUGGGACCACAGAAGAUAAGCGCUUAAUGUCUUCCAUCCUGACCAGCAUUGACGCAUCCAAGCCCUGGUCCAAGUGCACAUCUGCCACCAUCACGGAAUUCCUGGAUGAUGGCCAUGGUAACUGUUUGCUAGACCUACCACGCAAGCAGAUCCUGGGCCCCGAAGAACUCCCAGGACAGACCUACGACGCCAGCCAGCAGUGCAACCUGACGUUCGGGCCCGAGUACUCCGUGUGCCCCGGCAUGGACGUCUGCGCACGCCUCUGGUGCGCCGUGGUGCGCCAGGGCCAGAUGGUGUGUCUGACCAAAAAGCUGCCAGCCGUGGAGGGGACACCGUGUGGGAAAGGCAGGAUCUGCCUUCAGGGCAAGUGUGUGGACAAAACCAAGAAAAAAUAUUAUUCAACUUCAAGCCAUGGCAACUGGGGGUCCUGGGGGUCCUGGGGCCAGUGCUCCCGCUCGUGCGGGGGAGGAGUACAGUUUGCCUAUCGCCACUGCAAUAACCCUGCGCCCAGAAACAACGGCCGCUACUGCACAGGGAAGAGGGCUGUCUACCGUUCCUGCAGCGUCAUACCCUGCCCCGCUAAUGGUAAAUCUUUUCGCCAUGAGCAGUGUGAGGCCAAAAAUGGGUAUCAGUCUGAUGCCAAAGGAGUCAAAACAUUUGUGGAAUGGGUUCCCAAAUACGCAGGCGUCCUGCCGGGAGACGUGUGCAAACUGACCUGCAGAGCUAAGGGCACCGGCUACUACGUGGUGUUUUCUCCAAAGGUGACUGAUGGGACCGAAUGCAGGCCGUACAGUAAUUCUGUCUGCGUCCGGGGAAAGUGUGUGCGGACCGGCUGCGACGGCAUCAUUGGCUCGAAGCUGCAGUAUGACAAGUGUGGAGUGUGUGGUGGAGACAACUCCAGCUGUACAAAGAUUGUUGGAACCUUCAAUAAGAAAAGUAAGGGUUACACUGACGUUGUGAGGAUCCCCGAAGGGGCAACUCACAUAAAAGUCCGACAGUUCAAAGCCAAAGACCAGACUAGAUUCACUGCCUACUUAGCCCUGAAGAGGAAAAACGGUGAGUAUCUUAUCAAUGGAAAGUACAUGAUCUCCACUUCAGAAACCAUCAUAGACAUCAACGGAACAGUCAUGAACUACAGCGGUUGGAGCCACAGGGAUGACUUCCUGCAUGGAAUGGGCUACGCGGCCACGAGGGAAAUACUCAUUGUGCAGAUCCUUGCAACAGACCCAACUAAAGCAUUAGAUGUCCGUUACAGUUUUUUUGUUCCCAAGAAGUCCACUCAAAAAGUAAACUCUGUCACCAGCCACAGCAGCAAUCAGGUAGGAUCGCACACUCCGCAGCUGCAGUGGGUGACGGGCCCUUGGCUUGCCUGUUCUAGAACCUGUGACAUGGGCUGGCACACCAGGACGGUGCAGUGCCAGGAUGGAAACCGGAAGUUAGCCAAGGGAUGCCUUCUCUCUCAGAGGCCUUCUGCAUUUAAGCAGUGUUUGCUCAAGAAAUGUUAGCCUGUGGUUAUGAGCUGAUACAGAGAUAACUGGGUUGAUUUUUCACUGAUACGGUCCUGGUGAACAGAGGUCAACCUAGAGCACAGAGUCACACUUCAGUGUCAUUAGCAACAGGAGUCCAAUCAUGGGCAGAAUCUGCUCUCAGCGACCAAAUGAAGAUGUGCACUGCUUCACAGGACAGUGGUGACCUUGGAAUAGAGAAAACCUUGGGAGUACUGAACAUCCCCUGGACCUACAAGAAUGCAAAAACACUGAUGAAUGUAGAAUCAGGGGACAUUGGAAGCUGGCAGAGCAGUCUUCCCCUUGUCACCUACCUCUUAUGGAAUGUCUUCAAAGGCAUCAUAGUCAUUUUGAUGCAUAUUACACAGUAGCUUAUUUUUACUGUUUGUAAAUACAUUCUUUCUUGGUAUGUCACUUUAUAUCACUUGGUUCUAUUAAAAAAUAUAUAUAUAUAUAUAUUUCUAUAAAAAAGUGUUUGACCAAAGUAGGUCUGCAGCUAUUUCAACUCCUUCCAGUUUCCAGAAAGAGCUGUGGAUGUUUUACUGGAAAUUAAGAACUUGCUGCUGUUUUAAAGAGAUUUACUAUACUUUCAGACUACAGGAGAUACAAUUUUCGUCAAAAACCAUUUUGACAGCAUCUUCUGAGAAAUUCUGAAAAGAAAAAGGAUCUCCGUGUAUCUAGUCACUGAAAUAUAUACAGGGGUCCAUUUAUUUAAAUCUUUGACUGCCUGUAUUUUUUCAGGCAGCCAGCCAAAUUAAUGCAUAAUGAGGAGGUAGAAGUAGUGUGUGUGUGUGUAUGUUGUCUGUAUU